AAUCACAGCGGCCUUUUACCACGUGAUCAGUCGUGUCCACCAGCAGUGCCACCCACCUGUACCCAGCAGUGCCCACCAGUGCCACCCAGCAGUGCCACCCACCUGUGCCCAGAAGUGCCACCUACCUGUGCCCAUCAGUGCUACCCACCUGUGCCCACCAGUGACACCCAGCAGUGCUGCCAGUCAGUGCAGCCCAGCAGUGCUGCCAGUCAGUUCCACCAGUCAGUGCGCAGCGGUUGUGCCAGUCAGUGCCCAGUAGUUGCGCCAGUCAAUGCCUAGCAGUGCUGCCAGUCAGUGUCCAGCAGUGAUGCCAGUCAGUGCCACCUAUUAGUGCUGUCUAUCAGUACCCAUCAUCAGUGCCGCCUAACAGUG